ACACACACACACACACACACACAGCACACGUACAUACAUACACACGGACGGUAUGACGAGCGUGUUGGACUGGAGCACCGAGUGUGGUGAUUGGGAUCAUGUUGAGGAACACAACAUCCAAGUCUCCACGGUCAUGACCAAGGAGAUGGCCCACCCCAUCUUCUUUCACGCCAACGAGGAAGCACACAAGUGGCUCAGGAUCAUGGCCAUCAAGCGCGCGGAGGAGCGACGGAAGAAAUAUGGGAAGGAGGAUGCCGGCAGCAUUGAUGAUGAACCGACUCCAGAGUCGUUGCAGGAAGUGUUUGCACCCAUCAUCGUCUCAACACACGUGACGGAAGCUGGGCCGAAGCAGGAAUUCUACUACGGCAUCACCCCUUCCGGCCACUCCAUUGUCAUGCGAGAGUUUGACGGGUACCAGUUCCUGAUCAUCGAUGGCACGCUGCCACCGCAGUGGUUGGAGCGCAAGAUUGUCAUCUUGUAUGACCUCAUCCGUAUGCUGCAUGGAGGAGUUGCGGCACUGAAGAGCAAAGACAAAUCACAGAACAUUCAGCGGGCCGCCCGCCUUGGUCUUCUCUUGGAGAAAGCGGCGCAGCAGCUGCGAACACAACAGCGCUUUCUCGUCGAUGCGCACUUGCAUGUGGCCAAGCACAUGCUGACAAAGCAGGUCCAGUCGGCGCUGGGGGGCGUCUUCGGCGGCCCAUCAGGAGGGGAGGUGUCGUAUGCGUUUGUCAUGUCGAAGGACAUGGUGAUUGCCAACUAUACGAAGCGGGGUGCACCCGCUCUCACAAAACACGACGUACACCUGCUUUCCCUCUUCGCCCAAACCCAACUGCCGCAUCUCCCGUCAGAGCCAGAACGAGAGCCGGUUUCACGCACCGCCACAACACCGCGCACAUCGUUCCUCACCCCGGACCAUGUCGAGGCGAACCUGAGCGAAGACCGCUCGUUCCUGGACGCAUCGGCAGUGCUGAGUCACCAGCACGUGCGUAUGGCUGCUGCGAGCCGAAACACAUCGCUGCGCGCGGCAAUGAAUGCAAGCGCGUCUGCAGCGAACGCUGACGACUCGCACAGUGGGCCGACGACAACUACCACGUUUGAGACGUGCGAGACCACGCUGGACCACCACUCGACAACAGAGGCGCAUACGAUUCCAUCGGAGGCCGGUAGUCACGCCACAGCCGCAUCCAGCAAGUACGAGGCUGAUGCGAGCGACGCCGGGAGCAAGUCCACGUCUGCAGGGGUUGAUGUCGUUGGCACCGCACACGGUGGCGACAGCGGCAGUCAGCAUGGUUCCGCUGUCAGCAGUGGGGUGAGCCGCGGACGAAGCAGCGAUGCCGGUACAGCGAGUGAUGGUGGUGCAAGCAGCGCGAGAGGCAGCCAGCGGGGGCGUAGCAGCAACAGUGGCGGCGGUGGUGGUACUGGUCAUGCAUCAUCAGCAUCAGCAUCAUCGUCAUCGGCGUCGUCGUCGUCGUCGGCCGCUGCAUUGAGCGGAACGAACAUUUUCCUGCACACCGCUGACGGCACCAAGGACCAUUAUGUCAUGUACGUUCAACCCAUCACGCAGGAUGCGCACUUGGUGGUCAUCCGGCCGGGCAACGUCGCCGAGCAGAUGGCGCGUGUGUUUAAGCUGUGGGACCGCGUGGUUCAUCUUGUUGCCGCCACAAAUGCCACCGCCCCGUACUUUGAAGACCACAAGAACACUGCUGUGCUCGUUGUGCGCGGUGGACUUGAGACGGCGGAUUCCAUCCUCAGCGUCAACGGCGACUACUACCCGAUUCUGAAGGACCGGUAUGUACACAAUGGGCGGACGGUAUACCAGCACGAGAACAAGUGCACGCACAUGUUCCAUGAUGCCAAGUACGGUGGCUGGGUCAUCUCGCCGACGAUUGCAGAUGGCACGCAGGAAUGGAUUGCGCGCUGCAAGGACCCAGCUGUGGAGCCGGAUCUUACACGAGAGCCAUGGCACGUGCGGGGUUACGAUGACGAGGAAGUGGAAUGCAAGACCAUGGCACUGUGCGCAUUCAAUGCCAACUGCUGCGUGCGCGUUGCACCGGACGCAUGGACGCCCUUCACACCGUGCGGUGGUCUCACCUCUACCCUCAGCAACGAGUUGAUCGAUGUGCUGGUGCAAGUCUACCUGGAACACCACGCUGACGUGAUUGCUCGCGAGGAGCGAACAAAGAAGCUGGUCGCAAACAUCCGGGCGACCAAAGAGGUGUUGACUGCAGUGAAGCGGUGGUUGACACGCGAUUACCCGAAGUUUGCGGCAAAGUUGGAGUGCAACAUCGAAGUGCCAACGCAGCCCAGCAACAGGUGGACAAUGCAGGAGUUUGAAGGCGCGGACUCUGCGGUGAAUCGGCUCUACAAUGCCAUACGAGACCGCUUGUUUGGCACGUUUGUGUCCCGCUGCCUGAAGUCAGACACGACGCUCAAGGGGAAAGCGGUGCAAGCAGUGCUGGCAAAACUGUCCAUCUUCUUGCAGCCAGUCAUGCUGGAGAGCCUGCGAGCAAGCGCAAAUGCAGAUCCAUAUCGCCAGGUGCGACUCAAGUACCCUGGUCUCGUCCAUUUUCUCUUUGUGAACCGAUCAAAGGACAUGCUGUACUGCAGCCCGCUGCCAGAUAUUCGCGCUUCCUCUCGCCGUCAUGACUCAACCUCCGACGAUGCCACACCCCAAAGUGUCCUCAAGUUCAUUCCAGACUUCAAGGACCAGUUGUGGGCGUUUUAUUUGGAGGCGCGUGACCGUUUGGUCCACGGAUUUACAACCUACAGCUCCAAACAGACCUCGCUGCGCUUCCUCUACACCGUGUGGUUCGAGUCGAAUGGCGACAGGCUGCUGCCACCAGCGAACACAGCAACGCAGGCUGCAUUUCGUGAACUCGGCAGGAACAACUCCGCCGGCAGCACGGCCUUCAAGGCACUGACGAAACAGCUGUUCCCGGAAUGGAAACACGAAGUGGUGUGCUUUGAAAUGUGUUAUGUCUCCCUGUCGUUCUUCCCAAUCGACUUUGUCUGCGAGCAAGCAACAGCGCUCGCAAAGGAAAUCAGGCGACUGCACGAGUAGCUCGUGUGUGUGUGUGUGUGUGUGUG